CAACACACCUGAAUUAUAAGGAUGAGAGCCUGACCUAACAUUUAUGCAUCAGGUGUUGUCAUGUUUGAUUCACGAAUUUCUGGUUUGUUUAUGCUCUUGUUCAUUUAUUUGGCAGACACUUUUCUCCAGAGCAACUUACAAAUCAGGAUGAUGCUGCAAUAAUGCAACAUUAGUAUCAAAGCUAACAAUAACUUAGAAGGCGGAGUUACAGUCAGAUUCCUCCAGAGGUGACAGAAUGCAAAGAGUGUCGAGGAUUUCGUUUUACUUUGCAGUUAAGUUAAACAUCAUAUCUCGUUAUAUGUAUUAACCUGCAUUGCGGAAUUGAGAAAAAUAAGUUUCUAUUAUGGUUACGCUAUUUGUAAUGAUUGUUCACCCGCCCCUGCCACUUGCUGCCCUGUGAAGUGUGUAAUGGAGUUAAAUACGUGACAAGCAACAGUCUGCUGCUGAGGAAGUCACACCUCCGUACACACACACACACACACACACGCAAUGAUUUCAUGCUUAAAAGGAAGCUGCUUCACAGACUCAGUCAGUCGUGGAUGUAAAGACACUGAAGCAUGAUGCUUUCCUCUAAGUGGAUCUCUAAGACUUUAUUUACAAUUCUGAUGCUUCAGCUCACAGCAACAGCUGGACAACAGCGAGCUUUCUUCACUGUUAAAACUGGUGAUGGAGUCACUUUACCCUGUGGAAAUGUGACAGAGAAGAAACACAACUGUGACAGAGUCACAUGGACGUCCGAUCAGCCAGGAAACAGAAGUGUAUCAUUGUUUGAACGAGGAAACUUCACAAAAAAGGCUAACGCUAAGUCAGGCAGACUGAGUGUCACAGCAGACUGUUCUCUGGUCAUAAAGAACGUCACAAUGGAGGAUGUUGGUCAAUACUACUGCAGACAAAAUAACCUCAGGAAGGUUGAUCUGUCUGUUGUUACCAUGACUGAACAAAGAAACAAUAGAAAAGUCACCUUUACCUGCUCUGUGUCUCAAUACAUAUACUGCAGACACACAGUGCGGUGGCUGUAUGAGGGUAAAGAGAAAAUAUCACCAGAUGUGAAUGUAACAUCCUCCUGCUCUGCAGCUGUCACAAUCCCAGCAUUUCAUCUGCAUCAGAACUCAACGUUUUAUGAAUUUUUAAAGUGCAAAGUAUAUGAUGGAUAUGAUGCCAAACAAUACCAGCUGUUCACCUUCAACCAUCAGUCAUCAGGGAAGAAAAGAGAACAGCCAACAGCAGCUACAGCAACUACAUCAGCAACAACUAACUCGAUAUUAACCAAAUCAGACAGAACUGAAUCAGCAUCUUCAACCAGCAGCAGGUGGCGAACAUCAGAAACCCCAACAGCAACUGGAUUUACCGAAAAUAAUCAAACAAAAUCACGAGGGUGGAUUUGGUGGGCUGUCAUUGUGUCCAUGUUGUUAGCAGGACUCUUAAUAACUGUGAUGGUAACCACUGGAUGGAUAAAAACUAAAGGAAGUAAAAAGCAGAAGGAAGACCAACCUCAGGUUGAGCCUUAUGCUUCUUUUACAUCCAUGAAUCUCGGCAUGGAAACCAGGACAAAAAGCAACGUCCCUGACCCUGUGAUCUACAGCACUCUGCAGCCUCAUUCUGCUGUGAUCUGAUUGGCUGCUGUCCAUAACAGAAGAAAAAGCAACAUUUUCCUUUAAUUUGUUGUGGAUUUGAAUGUUUUGUUCUGGAUCAUUUCUGCUUGUUUGAUGCCUAAUCUGCUCCCAUCCUGCCUCUCUGCAGAGCUUGGAUCACAAUCCUUCAAACAUUUAAUGUAUUUUUUAUGCUAGCAAAUCAUGUAUUCAGUAGAAUUAAAGUGUUUUUCAUUCCAUUGAUUUAGUUGUAAUGUCUAAUAAAGAUGCCAAGCUCCAUCUACCUGAUAAACUGGUGGUAGGUCGCCAUCUUUCUUGAAGCUAAGUACAGUGUGAUGCUAACCAACCAAAUGGGAGAAGUUGUAACCUGAAGGCACCGCCCCUCAUUAUCAUAGUGAAGCAGAAACAAAUAAGGAAAAUGAAAAAGGAUGGGCAGAAAUAAAUAAAUAAAUAAAUAAAUAAAUAAAUAAAUAAAUAAAUAAAGAAGCCAAUAACUUACUUAUUAAUAAUCUACGUAAUUUUGGCUGAAAUGGCGCUCUAUAUGUCAGGAUUUGAGUUUUCUGUGUAUUUAUUUUGAGUUUCUGUGUCUCUGACUCUCCAUGUUGUCCUGUCUUCCCCUUGAUUGUUCCCAGGUGUGUCUCGUUUCCGUGAUUACCCUUUAUGUAUUUAACCCCACCUGUGUUCUUUGUUCCUCGUCGGGUCCUAGUUGUAUGUAGUGUCAGUUCUGUCUAGUGUCAUUUGUCUCGUCAGCUGUUCUUCCGUUGUCCAUUCGUUUCCUCCAGUUGCUACCGGCUUUGAGCCCUGGCUUUCCGCUCAGCCGUGCUGCCUGGUUGUUGGACUAUAUUGUGGAUUACUUUCAUCAUUAAACCAUCAUCUCUAACUUC